GCUAGACUAACCCGCUCUUCCUAAGGUCACUGAUAUCUAAACUUGUAUGAACUCACCAUGACCCCAAAGAUUUUCCAGUGAUUAAUUCUGUUUGAGGCAAUCAGACACAUCAGGCGCUACUCUUGUGUUUUUAACAUAUCACGACACGAGCCUUAAAAUGCAGCUGUUGACCGUCUUUGGCCUGUCUCCAUCAUCAGGAUUGUUAGGUUCUCUAUUGGCUGUGUUGAGUGUUGCAAGUCUUCUACAAGUGGCAUUCACACAAAAUAAUUCUACUGGGUUGCCAGAUAACUCUACUACUGUGUUGCCUGUACAAAAUGGCACAGGGGAAGCUACGACUGUGAGUGUCAAUGUCACAACCACAUUAUCAGCCAAUGUUACAGACGUAACUACAACUGCCAGUGUGGCAAGUCCUGAGUCAUCUAACACUACCAGCAAUGGCACCACCAGCAGCACGGCACCAGAUGUGACCAACUCCACCUCCACACCAGCUCCAGGGACAAGCCAAGGGGCGGCUGAAUCCUCAGGGGGCCAACACUUUGAUGGCGCUUCAUUCAUUGGUGGCAUUGUGCUCUGUGCUGGCCUGGUGGCUAUCAUCUUUUUUGGUCUCAAAUUUUACAAUGCUAGAAAAGACCAGAACUAUCAUACACUUUAAUGACAUGAUUUGAAAGAAAAAUCAUUUGAGAAACUUGAUGUGUAAAUUGAAAAAAUAUUUAACCAAAAGCUUUUUAUUUUUGGGGGAAAAAAAGAUAUUAGAAAAGUUGAUUUUAUGCUUUCUUCUUUACCAGAUUUGAAAUGUUUUACAUUUUUAUCCUUGAGGCUAAUAACAUAUAAUGUUAUAGAAUUAUGCUGGUGACUUGUUUAUGUCAUAUGUCACAUAUUUCCACAUGGUGUGCUUCACAUAUUUAUUUUUUGUUGGGGUCUGUUGUAUUGUUCCCUUUUUAUUUAGAUUUUAUUUUCAAUUGUUUCUAAACAUUGAAUAAUUUAUUAUAAGUUGCUGCCUUCAAUUGCUAUGUUACUAUUAUUAUUUUAUACUGAUUUAACUCAAAUAUACUCCAUUGUUAUGUACAUAUAUUUUAACAUUGCCAAAAGCUGUUCAAAAUUGGGUGGACAACUGUGUUCAUUGGUUUACAUUUUAAAACAUUUUUUUAGAUAUAAAAACAAGUUUUUGUAGCAAAAGUACUAUCAUUUAUAAAAAAAAACAAUUUCAAUCUGGCAUGUACCAUGUAUGCGUUGAUCUGGCAUGUAUUUUGUCCCAGAUGACAUGGACAUCCUUUGUUGCUCUUGUGAUGUCUUUAUUUUUUAAUGUUGCAGAACAUGUGCCUUAAUGUGCCUUGCUUGGGGUUCACUCAUCAAAUGGUACCCGGCUCUUUUCUGCUAGAGUGGGUCAGAGGAAAAAUAAAAUCCUACUUUUUCAUCAAAUGAUCUCUUCUCUGAUACAGUGGUAUAGAACAAAAAUAAAAUCCUACUUUUUCAUCAAAUGAUCUCUUCUCUGAUACAGUGGUAUAGAACAAAAAUAAAAUUCUACUUUUUCAUCAAAUGUUCUGCAUCUCUUCUCUGAUACAGUGGUAUAGAACAAAAAUAAAAUUCUACUUUUUCAUCAAAUGUACUGCAUCUCUUUUCUGAUACAGUGGUAUAGAACAAAAAUAAAAUUCUACUUUUUCAUGCCACAUGAUGACCUAACAAAAGGGACACUUUUAAAACAAAUUUCAGUUAUCUUCAUCAGUAUGUGCAAUAUUUUAGCUCGUCAGAAUACAAGAAACUAAAUUACAUAUUGCAUAAAAAUUUGCUUAUUAAAUUAGUUUACAUGAAAAGAUUAUUUUAGUUUUAUAAAUUGAACUUCCAUUUGAUAUGACAUUUUACUAUCUAAGAGCUCUGUGUACAAAGAUUUAAAACUUGCCAAGUUGUCUUGUAACUUGUAGCUUUAUUACAUGUUGACACUCACUGGUGGACCAAUGGAGAAAUAUCCUGCACGGAUGUAGUACAAAGUAUUUUGGUACAGCCUGGUUAUGUACAGCCACAAGUGCCUUUAACCUUCCAGCCUUUUUAUUUGAACUUAUACUUUUCAUGUACAUUCUCCACAAUUUUAAAGAUAUAAUGAAUCACCUGUUGCAUUUUGUAAAUACGGAAACUAAAGCCAAAAGCUUUUUAUGAUCUAGAUAGAUCUAAGUCUGCUAAAUUUUAUUGUUUUUGCAUUCCACAAUUUUUGUUUCCAAUCCUGUUGAAGAUUCGGUUAUUAAUUCAGUGAGCCCUCUUGUUACUGUUUAGUAUUUUAUUAAUUCAGUGAAUUCUUUUAUUAAGAGUUUCAAACUGGUGUGAAUCUUUCCGUAGCUUCAGCCAGAUAUUUAUGAAAGUACAUUUUGUUUUGAAGAGUCAAUGUUUUCCUGCUUUUACCAGACAACACCACAAGUUUUCUUUUGAAGGAAUCUGUGAUUUUAAAUUUUUGUUUUGUACUUACUACACUCUAAUCUAUGCAUUCCUUUAGAAGUCAGUGGGUUUUGUCUGAUCUGUUUUAGAGAAUUGUAUUCCUACUUAAACGAUUCAUGAAAUAUUUAUUUUGAUAUGGUAUUUACAUUUUGUCAGCUGGCACAUUUUUUAGUUCCAUAAUUCUACAACAUUUUUCUAAGACAUUUUCAUUUUGUACAACUUGAACCUGCUUUCAGAAAUAUUAAGCUUUUUAAAAAUCAGUAUCAUUUGUUUUUCUUUUCACAGUAUAUUUUAUUCCUCUGUUAAAAUUUCAAUGUAAAGAAGCCCAAAAAUCCCAUGCAGAAGUCAGGGGCCAUAUGGUCCUAGUCCUGGGCCAUAUGGUCCUAGUGCUGCCCUCUUGUGUUUUGACACUAAUGUUAGAACCUCAUAAGCUUUUUUGUGAUGCAUAAUAAUAAUUGUGAUGCUGCUCUCAGUAUUUUUAUUGUAUUAUACUGUGAAAAAAACAUUUCUAGAUUAAAGAUAAAAUCUAGAAACUUCUCCUAAUUAAGUUUGUUACUUCAUUCUUAAAACCUCUGGGAAGUCGUUUAAUCAGUUUAGAUUUACAACUAUUACCAGCCUUGUAGUUUCAUCCUUCUGUAUUACAAAAUGAAAGUUCUCUCUUUGUAUCAAUGGUGGCUGUGUAUACAUUCAAUCUGCUCCAUAUUUUUCUUCUGGGCCAUCUGUUAAUGGUGAUUAGUUCAAAUGUAGCAAUACAAGUUUCUCUUUAUGGUGGCUGAUCUCCCCUAUAUUAGUUAAUAAUAAGUGUGCAAAUGUAGUUAGUGUUAAGCUUAACCUAUAAUGUUGUGGGAACUUGUAUAUGGUUACUUGAUGAUAUAAGCCAUAUUAUAAAGGCUGUUGUUAGCUGAGUCAUAGCCCUGGUCACAGUGGCCAGAUUUUUAGUUUGUUCAGAUAAGUUUAUUAAAAAGUAUCAGUUUACCA